AUACCCUCGAAAGUCGAAACAGCAGUAGUAUCUUCGCUCUUCUACGAACUCGGCCGAUCACCGGAGAUUUGUCCGAUAUUUCGGGGAUGGAGAUUUAUCCGAUGUGUGUUCAGUUUCCGGCAACAAGCUUCCUUUUUCACCGCAUUCCGAGCUCCCAAACGACAUCGUUCUUCCUCCCCUGUUUUAGGGCUAGUAAUUUUCGUCAAGAAACCGAAAUGUCAGAGUCGGAAUCUCCGAAUCGCAUGUUCAUCAUGGGAAUGGGUUUUGUCGGCAAGUUCUUCGCUCAAGAUUUGAAGAACCAUGGAUGGGCUGUAUCUGGGAGUUGCACUAGCCUUUUGAAGAAAAAGAAACUUGAGGAAAUGGGAUUUGAUAUUUAUCUUUUCAAUGCAAAUGAACCAGAACUGGAAGUCCUAAAUGUUUUGAACCAUCACACUCACCUCCUCGUCUCCAUCCCUCCCCUUGUUGGUAUUGGUGAUCCGAUUCUGCAACAUGAAGAACUUCUAAAAAGUAGGCUAAUGGAUGGAAACCUCAAGUGGCUCUGUUACUUGUCAUCAACCAGUGUAUAUGGUAAUUGUGGUGGUAUGUGGGUGGAUGAGGACAGUUAUCCAGUAAGCCCUACAGAUGAAAAGGCUAAAGCAAGGUUAGCUGCUGAGGAAGGAUGGUUAAAAUUGGGCCAUGAUUUAGGGAUCUCAACACAAAUAUUUCGACUUGGAGGUAUCUAUGGCCCUGGCAGAAGUGCUGUGGACACCAUGAUUAAGCAGGAGCCUUCAUCAGAAAUUCAAAGGAGGAGGGCAUCCAGGCAUUACACUUCCCGAAUUCAUUUUGCUGACAUUUGUCAAGCACUAAGGGCCAGUAUUUAUAAGCCUUCCCUGGGAGCAAUCUACAAUGUAGUGGAUGAUGAACCUGCGCCACGCAUUGAAGUAUUCUCAUAUUCUUGGGACUUAAUUGACAAAAAAUGGCCUGGACAUAUAAAGCAACCUGUGUUUCGCAAUGAGGCAGAAUCAUGUUCCACGAGAAGUUUGAGGGAAGGGAAGAGAGUCUCCAAUGUUCGUAUAAAGGAAAAACUUGGAGUGAGAUUAUUUCAUCCAAGUUAUAAAUCUGGAUUGAAGAGCAUUGUUGACGAUAUGGAUAACCCAUUUCUAUAGUCUCCCAAGUUCAUAUGAGUUGCAACAGCAUCUAGUAUGUUUUGCCUCUGCUUUUAUUUUUAAAGUUUUUUGUUUUUUUUACUAUUUUCAUUUGUCGAUGUUGGGGGAUAGGAAUCAGAAUUUGUGUGUGGAGAGAUGCUAAUUUAUGUUACUCAUAACAUUGUCACAGCACUGUAAGUAAAUAAUACUUGUUAUCA